CUGAAUUCGAGAGAUCGGACAGAAGGUAUAGAUUUGUUUAUCUAGUCGAUAAACAAAUCGAGCAGAAUAGUAUCGGAACGAGCGAAGACUUCGAUGGACGAAGGAGAGAAAGAAAGAGGGGAUCUCUCGUGCUGACAGAAGGGAUAAGAAACUCAUGCACGUACUCUUACCAGCGGUGCGACGACUUUAGUCUGACGAUCGCUUCCACGGAGCGAGGUUGACUGAAUCCGAUAUUAAUCCCAGGAUAGUUCGUCGGUACGGGCACACGGUAUCUUGGAUCCUGGCGAGUGAUUUGGUGCAAAAAUCAAAAUCAAAAAUACAAAAUUCGACGGUGUGCUCCGAAAUUUCGCGUCGCGGUACAUAAACAUUCAUUUAAAUACUUCAUCAAACAAUUCGGGAAAAAUUAAGUUCGAAAAUUUGAAACUCCUAGCGAUGUUCGAAGAGAUCAAUUUCGCGUGCAAAGCGUUUCUAACAAACGUUGUAAGCGGGCAACGCAUUUUUUUUUUUUUAAUAUUUAGCUUUUAUUAAUUACUGUUUCCGGAAACAUUUCGCAAAGAAUCCAAGCAUUUUCCAACGUUGUCCUGCACAUGAUAAUUUACAUAAUCAUUUGAAAUCAUUCCCGCGAAAGGACCUCUCUCCGUUUCGGUGGCACGUGGCCGAGCUACUCCCACCUCGUUUGAUCUAGCAAAGUCGAGGAAGCCGUCGAACUUCGCGAACGUGUGCGUGGUGUGCAAUUGGCAGGAGAAAGUGUGCAGCUUGCUGUGUGUAUAUCCUUCGGGGUUUCGGUGGAUCGACGCGACGCGACACGUCGGAAUCGAUGACCGGGCGUCGUCGGCGUCCAGCCUGACGAUGAGAAGAGCCUCGCGUUUUCUCAGGACAGCAUGAUUUUCGGCGCGUGCGACCGUCCGCACUCGUGCGUUAACAUGCGCGAAGACACGCGUGUUCGCGGGGACCGCUAGAUCCUCCUGAAGAGGCUGAAGAGGAACGUCCGACAGCGAGCGACAGCGAGAGAGAUCCUUUGGCGAGGAUCGUCGAGCGCGAGACGAUCGAAGAGCGACUGCGAGGAUCAUUCCUGGUCGCCGUACUAUACAGGCUGAAGAAAUCAAUCAUAUCAUAGCCAUGAACCUCGCGCUGCAUGGAUUUUUGCUGCAGGUUUUCGUAUUGAUCCUCAAUCUACAUCAUGGCCCUUUAUUAUGCAGCGCGGGGGAACCUGGCUAUCUGGAUUUCGACAACCUGCCGGAGACGAACUUCUCGUGUCAAGGAAAAGUGAUUGGCGGAUACUACGCGGAUGUCGAGGCGGGCUGUCAAAUGUUUCACGUCUGCACCAUCGGCCAGAAAGACGAGAUCAUGGAUAUAAAAUUUCUCUGCCUGAAUGGGACCGUCUUCGACCAGGAAACCAGGGUCUGCGAGAGGGUCGACGAAGUCGACUGCAGCAAGAGCGAGCGAUUCUACAAUCUGAAUCUAGAACUCUACGGCAAUAACGCUGUGACACUCAGCCUGCACGAGAACGAUGAAGACGAGGACGACGAGGACGAUCUGACGGAUCACUCGGUGGAGGAUCAUCCAAGGACGACCUCGGCGCGACCCAGUACGACCUCGACGACCCCUAGUCCUACGACUACGUCCCGACCCAGCAAACCGUCGACUACCGUCGCCAGCGGCGCCUUCCAACAUCCAGCUGGUUAUCCUCAGCACUAUCAGCCCCAGCCGCCGUUCCCCCAGGUGCACACGAGCCAGUCCAAGGCGCUGUACGACGACAAGAACGGCGGCUAUCAUCAUCAGUACAUCUACCACAACGGCGACGAGCGGGUAAACAAUCAGGCCACGUCCUAUCAGCUGUUCAGCAGCCAGGGAGGCGUCAGCUCGACGACACCGGCCCCGCAGAUCCAUCCCCAGGUCAGGUACAGCUCGACGGUGGGUCCGUCGUCGAUCAUUCAGCACAACGAGCCGUCGACGGUGACGCCGUUGUAUCACGCCACGUCCCCAGCCACGAUACAGACCCUGCUUAAUAAUAAUGCCAACAGCCCCGCGGCCUUGAUUAACCCCAUCUUUCAUAAUCAUGGUAUCGCGAGCACCACCGAACAGUUUGCUGUACACAGCAACAAUCCGCGUGAGACCGCGGACUAUCGCGACGAAGAUGAUCACGAAGGUAUAAGGCCACUGGAGCCGAGACAGCCGACUCAUAAGGGAAAGGUGUCUAAGUUAACGAUAUCUCCGGUGCCGAGCCUCCAGGAGUCUUCUCGCACGGUGGUGCAUACGAAGACGAGUCAAACGUCGCAUCAACAGAGGCUAUCCGACAACUUCUUGCCGACCUCCGACGGGGAUACGACCGUCAGAUCGUUUUACCCAACGCCGAGGCCUUCGCCGAAGCCUCCGCAGUCGGUUACCCAACGCAUUCACCGGGUGACUUCGCCAGGCGUGACGGUGCCGCAGCUCAAGCCCCAUCAGAUCACCAUAAAUCUCCCGCCGCCUGACAUCCAGAGAAUCGUGCAGAACCCGUCGCCGCUGCUGCCGUCGCAGUCGCGGGUGAUCGUCACCGCGAAGGCGAGCGUGAGCGACGAGUCCGGAAGGCCGCUGAACACCACGCAGCUGGUGACCUUGCCGUUGCCGACGAUCCCGGCCAGCUACGACGAUUACAAGGAGGGCGACGAGUCGUUCGAUCCGUUUUAUCGGGACGUCCCGAAGAUCUCGAGGACUCGGCAGGUCGCGAGAAACGCGAUGGAGAAGAUCCGACUCUCGCAAAAACGAUCGCACGGCCAGCUCUAUCACUUCAUCUACGGCGCGGAUGAUCUUGAAGUGGCGACGCGAAAGAGCGAAAGAGAAAGCCGGCACCAGGAUGAAACGCACGUGGAAGAUCCCGCCGAGAUCAAGGUCGGAGAUUUCCAGGCUAUUAGGGAGAGCCUGAUAAGGUUUAGAGAUAUCCUAUUCAACGACGAAGCGGACGAGGAUGUCUUUCGCAAUGCUGCUGAUGAAAUUGAAAACGCUGCUGAACACGUCGCUAAAGACAGCGAAGAGGUUUCGAAGGACUUGAAGGCAGAUUCUUCGAGGCCAUUGACGCUAGAUAAAGAGGAGAAUACGAAAUCGAGUCACCAAGAUUCGUUUUCAAGUAUCGAAGCCAAUACUGAAAAGUUAUCAGACGAGAAAGAGCGUAUUAAAAACCCGUCGAAAUUGGAGUCUAAAUCAAAACUCGAAACUAAUCUUGAAUUCGCAGCUGCUCGUUCUGAAGGAAAUAAAUCUCGGACGGAUGAUAUGGACCUAAUAAUACUCGACAAUGACUUUAAGAGCAAAGCUCCGAAUUCUGACGUCGAGGCGUUCAAGACCGACGCUCCUUUCGAGAUUAUUAUCGAAGAAGAAAGUCAAUCAGCUUUGUACGGAUCGAAAGCUAACGAAGAAAUUCACGACGAACAACUGGAAGGAUACUCGACGAAGGACGAAUCGAGCUUCACAGAUUCUGACGAAGGAAAACGACUGGAAGCUCCGCAGGAAACAACCGAGCGGAAAAGCACCAAGGAUUCCAAAGAACGAAAAUCUGGUUCGAGAAGGAAGACUUCUCGAGCGAGACCCUCGAGAAGACGCACAUCUUCGAGAAGAAAGCAGGAAAGACCGAACAGUGUCGAAGAAACGGAGAAAAUAGAUGAAACCACUACUGUUGCUAGUAUCAUUACUACUACACCCAAUAUUGCUACAACUCCAGCUGUCGCGCUGCUUGAGGCGAAAAUCGCGGAACAAAUCGAUACCCACGUUUUCGAAGAACCGGAACCGCAAACUUCCAAAGAGGUAGACACGAGAGAAGUUGGUCAACGCGACUCAACGCAUUCGGAAAGUUCGCGAGACGACGGAGUCGAGAAAAGUGAGGAGGUCGAGCGAGCGUUCGAUUACGAAAUUAUGGAGGAGGACGCGAGAAAUUUCGAUGCCGAUAAGUCGGAAGAGGCGGAGCGGAAAACCGAAGCUACAAACUUUACCGAGAAUCCGGUGGAGACAGAAUUGACGGAAUCGACGGAAGUUACAGGCGCUCCCGAAGAGAACAAGUCCGACGAAGAAUUCCUCUCGAAAGAAUACGAAACUUCGGACGACGACGAAGUCGAAGAAUCUGACGCGAAAGAGAAAAAGUUGGAAACGAGCUCGGAAGAGACACUUAACAAGAUUUUCUCUCAGAAGGACGAUUCGAAACAAGAGGAAUCAAGCGAGAGGGCGAGCACCGAGGAGGAACUGACUGCGAAAUACAGCGAGGAGGCAAAUUACGAAGAGUCGAGCGAGUAUUCGGACACGACUGUGGAAUCGUCCGCAGAAAAUUCGCGCGACACCAGCGUCCAGGAAGAUUACAAGGAAAGCACCGAAGAAUAUACAACAUCUGUCGAUUACUCGAGUUCCGAGGAGUAUAAUGAUUCCCGGGAAGAUGUCACGUACUCGACCCAAAAUGUCGAACCCAGCACCGAAGGUAUCCUCAAAUUCACGGACGAAUUACCGAGAUCGUUCGAGAGGGACGAGGACGCGGAGACAAAGGAAUCGUUCGCAUCCAUCGAUACGUACGAUUACGUUGACGACAAUUACGAGCCGGAAAAUUACAAAGAACUGGAGACCGCGUCUGAAUCGAAUGACUCCAAUAAGGAAAAGAAGAACGACGCGGCGCCGAAAGAUCUCGAUCUCGAUAAGAAAGAUCUGGAGACGCAUCGGAUCAACGAUGAGACAAAAUCGGAGGUGGAACAAAGUACGGAAGAGAGUGCCACGGAAGUUCCGGAUCUCGAAGAGGUCACAGGUUUAGCCACCACUUUGCCGACCACCACAACAACUUUGUCAUCCACCACCACGAUGUCGUCGACUAGUACGACUACAACUACGACUACAACCACGACUACAACCACGACUACCCCUCGACCGACGACUUCAACCGCUCGUUCCACGUCCCCGAAGAUUUUCAAGCCCGUCGGGAACAGGAGGAUUUACGUUUAUAAUCCCCCGACGACGACUCCGAUCCCGGUCGUGAUUAAAUCGAGGCUGGGCCUGUUCAAUCCCAAACCGGCGAAGCCACCCAAAUCCUACAACGACUUGGCGCCGAAGCCAGUGAUCAGGAAACUGGCUUUGACACGUAAACCUAGUGAUGCCACUGCGAUUAUUACGGAGACGUUGAACACGAAAAAUCCGAUGGAAAUCACGACGGAGUCUGUGACGUCGGCAAUGACGAUGAUGCCAGUGAUGACGACGACGGAGUCUGGUAGAAGCUUGGAGAACGUUCUCGAGAGCAAACUGGAAGCGAAGGAGCCUAUAUCUGUCAAUUCUUCAUCCGUGAAAAACGAUCGGACGACCAAGGAGGAUCAACUUUCGAGCUCGAGCGAGCAAAGUUUUCCCGCCAACUUUUCAAGAAAAGCCGAUCCAGGAACCUCGAAAGAGGUUGAGACUUCCACCCUCCAUUUCUUGUCAAAAUCGACCACCCUUGCGUCUCCUGUCAACUACAAAGAGCCGAUAGAAAUGCAGACCACGUUGCCUCUUGAGUCAUUCAGCGAGCCGAGAACCGACAAUAAAUACCCUGAAGAAGGACCUGAAGUGGGGACCACGACGACUUCCGCCAAAGUCUACCAAGAGUACGCUACGGAAAUUCCUUCGGUUCUCGCCGAACAACCGACGUCAGCCUCGACGGUUCCGAGCUCGACGACCGUCCUGAAAGCUGAAGAUGCCGAUCCAGGCACGACGACGGAACUCGCGAUCCGCCGACCGAGCAACCGGAAGUUCGCGGGACCGCGGAAGCACCCGAGCUUCAACUGCCUGGAGAAGGAGAUGUAUCGCUUCUACGGCGACGCCAGGGACUGCCGAUUGUUCCACUAUUGCUCGCCCGGCUUCACCUCGCGGCAGGUGCUGGACUUCCGGUUUGUCUGCGAGGAGGGCACGGCCUUCGACGAGGAGACGCAGACCUGCCGUCACGAAGUGCGCAAUCGCAAGUGCCGAAAUCGGUACUGGUGAGGCCGGUUCCACCCGUUUCCGGUUGUUUCCUCGACCUCGUUGAUUUUGGUAAUUCGUGAAUCCUCCAUAGGACUCUCCGUAGUUUAUUUAUAACUCUUUUUUUUUUUUAACGCGCAGUACACGUAAGCGAAGUAUCCCGAAGAGGAGAGGGUGUUCUCUCCGCUUCUCCUAUAAGCCCAUUGCCAUAGCGCCUCGCGCUGGAUUCACACUUAUUAAAGUUAACGUCGACCCGGUCGGCUCGCGAUCGCCGAUCGGAUCAGGCGAGAAACAAGGAAGCCGAUGCGACGCGUCGUUCACCCGCGGUGCGGAUUUCGUGCACGCACCUGAAAUAAAAAUGCACGACAUUGUUAUAGUGUUAAGGGAUCCUAAACGCGAUCUUGUUUUUUUCGAUGAAACAUCAUUUUUGCGCACUCUUAGACAGCACAGAAUAUUUUUAAAAUAUUUAUAA